UCCGCACCUUCGUGACUCUCCUCCUUCUUUCCCGUCCGCACUGGCCGCAGAGGAGAGGGCGAGCGGAAGGGUUCGUGCUGAGACUUCUCCGCUAGGGUUUGUGUAAGCUCGAAGCCAUCACACCAAGCCCUUCUGCUCCAACCUUCUUCAGAACUGUUGGUAUCUCUCUUCAGGAUUCGGAUUUCGGGAAAUCGAAUUUUAUCCCAGUUGAUAAGUUCGCAGCAGAGAUGAUGCAAGUCGUUCCCUCUUCGAGAGAGGGCGAAAGUGCCCUGUCCGUGGCAGGUCCGAGGCCGAUGGAAUGGUCCACUGUCCCACACAGUGCUCCUCAAGGUCCGGGCCCAAACGGAAAGCAGAGAACUUCGAGCUUGCUAUCCCCAAUAAUGCUAUUAGCAGGUCACCAGAGUGCUAUAUACACCUUGAAGUUCAAUCCUUCGGGGACAGUCAUUGCCUCGGGGUCCCACGACAGGGAGAUCUUCUUAUGGAACGUUCAAGGGGAGUGCAAGAACUUUAUGGUCUUGAAGGGGCAUAAGAAUGCCAUCCUCGAUCUCCACUGGACCACCGACGGGUCCCAGAUUAUAUCAGCUAGUCCGGACAAAACCCUUCGGGCAUGGGACAUCGAGACUGGGAAGCAGAUCAAGAAAAUGGCUGAGCAUUCUUCUUAUGUCAAUUCCUGCUGUUCUUCGAGGAGAGGGCCUCCUCUUGUUGUCAGUGGUUCCGAUGACGGGACGGCCAAGCUCUGGGAUAUGCGUCAGAGGGGAGCGAUCCAGACGUUCCCCGAUAAGUACCAAAUCACAGCUGUUGCUUUCUCCGACGCGUCAGAUAAGAUCUUCAGUGGCGGAAUAGACAAUGACGUGAAGGUGUGGGACCUUCGGAAGGGUGAGGUAAUCAUGACUCUUAAGGGCCACCAGGACACGAUAACAGGCAUGACGUUGAGCCCUGAUGGAUCUUACCUUCUCACUAAUGCAAUGGACUGCAAGCUGUGUAUAUGGGAUAUGCGGCCUUAUGCCCCGCAGAACCGGUGUGUGAAGAUUCUCGAAGGGCACCAGCACAACUUUGAGAAGAACCUGCUGAAGUGUAGCUGGUCUCCCGAUGGAAGUAAGGUCACUGCAGGGAGUUCCGAUCGUAUGGUUUAUAUCUGGGACACCACCACUCGGAGGAUCCUGUACAAGUUGCCCGGACACACCGGAUCAGUGAACGAGUGCGUGUUCCACCCAACAGAGCCCAUUGUCGGGUCCUGCAGCAGCGAUAAGCAGAUUUAUCUCGGUGAGAUCUGAUGUGAUCUGAACCCUUUUUUUUUUUUUUUUUUCUUGGGACUGUUAGUCAGGUUGUUUUAGCUGAUGCGACUGAGAUAUCAUAUGAAUCCCUUUCAGCAAUGUCUCGGGGUUUUGGCUGGUGCAUUUAGAAGGCGGUAUUGUGUCAGUUGAGUAUGUACAAUUAAUGAUUCGUUGUUGCUUCUUGGCGCACUUGAGAAUUCGAAAUUUGCGAAAGUUGAUUAAUAUUCCUCUUGAAACA